CGUCCCGUCCCGUCCCGUCCCGCCGAUGCAUCCCGCGCCCCGCCGCGGCGGCUCGCUGGAGGCGGCCACCUGCCCGCGGGAGGCCGUCGGCCAGUUAAAUAAGUCAAACUACAUGAUGAUUGAUGAUAAUAAAGAGAAUGAAGACCAUGCGUCUGAAAGAGGAAGAACAGCCAUCAUUUUUUCCUUGAAGAAUGAAGUUGGAGGACUUGUAAAAGCAUUAAAACUCUUUCAGGAGAAGCAUGUAAAUCUGGUACACAUUGAGUCACGGAAGUCCAAGAGACGAAAUUCUGAGUUUGAGAUUUUUGUGGACUGUGAUAGUAACAGGGAACAACUGAAUGAGAUCUUCCAGCUCCUGAAAUCCCAUGUCAAUGUUGUCUCUAUGAACCCAACAGAGUAUUUCAACGUCCAGGAAGAUGACAUGGAGAAUGUUCCCUGGUUUCCGAAGAAGAUCUCAGAUUUGGAUAAAUGUGCAAACCGAGUGCUGAUGUACGGGUCCGAUUUGGAUGCUGACCAUCCAGGUUUCAAAGACAAUGUUUAUCGCAAGAGGCGAAAGUAUUUUGCAGACCUGGCUAUGAACUACAAACAUGGUGACCCGAUUCCCAAGAUUGAAUUCACUGAGGAGGAGAUCAAGACUUGGGGGACUGUGUACCGAGAGCUUAACAAGCUUUACCCGACUCAUGCCUGCAGAGAGUAUCUUAAAAACUUACCCUUGCUUACCAAAUACUGUGGAUACAGGGAAGACAAUAUUCCCCAGCUGGAAGAUGUGUCCCACUUCCUGAAAGAGCGCACAGGUUUCACCAUUCGCCCUGUUGCUGGAUAUCUGUCACCCAGAGACUUCUUGGCAGGAUUAGCAUUCAGAGUUUUUCACUGCACUCAAUAUGUUAGACACAGCUCGGACCCUCUCUAUACACCAGAGCCUGAUACUUGCCAUGAGCUCCUAGGCCAUGUCCCUCUUUUGGCUGAACCCAGUUUUGCUCAGUUCUCCCAGGAAAUUGGUCUUGCAUCACUUGGGGCAUCAGAUGAGGCUGUCCAAAAACUGGCAACAUGCUACUUCUUCACUGUAGAGUUUGGCUUGUGCAAGCAAGAGGGACAGCUACGAGUUUAUGGGGCUGGCUUGCUCUCUUCAAUUAGUGAGCUCAAGCACUCACUCUCUGGCAGUGCCAAAGUCAAGCCUUUUGAUCCAAAGGUCACCUGCAAGCAAGAAUGUCUCAUUACAACUUUCCAGGAGGUUUACUUUGUUUCUGAAAGUUUUGAAGAAGCAAAAGAAAAGAUGAGAGAGUUUGCAAAAACCAUCAAGCGCCCAUUUGGUGUGAAGUACAAUCCAUAUACUCAAAGCGUGCAGAUCCUGAAAGACAUGAAGAGCAUUGCUAGUGUGGUGAACGAGCUGCGUCAUGAGCUGGACAUUGUCAGCGAUGCCCUCAGCAAGAUGGGCAAGCAGCUGGAAGUUUAAUACUCCUGUCAGCACUGUGGUGCAACUCUUUUUUCUUUUCCCUACUGAUUUCUUUCAAGGCGUGUAAUGUGUUGUAUGCAGAAUUCUCUCCUUUACAAAUGGAAGAGUGAAUGGCCCAAAAAGAUAAUCGCUUUAUCUUGUUUCUCUAUGUAAAAUCCCGUCUUGUAUUCCUCCAUCCCCCUUUGAUAAAAAAAGGCCUGGAGUUGCCUUUGAGAAGCUGGUGGAGGAGUAGAGAAAUUGCUAGACUGGAGCAAAGUGUGGUCUGUGGAUCAGGGCUGGGAUCAGAUGCUACAAAAGGUGGCUUAUGAGGCAAUAAUGGAAUAAUUUGCUGCAGGGAAAUCUCAGUUUCUGACUCUAGUAGUCUAUGCUACUAAUUCUAUAGCAUUGCAGACUUUCUAGUGUAGCAGCUAUAGUAAUCAGUGCUUCUAAGUCUGUACUACUAAGUUUAAAACUUGAAUGAUUAAAAAGCAGGCAUCAGGACACAAAUAGCUGGAGGUUCACAAUGAUAAAAUUGAGGGGUCAAAUUUAGCUUUCAAAGGGAUCAUUCUUGCCCCCAAAGAAUUUCAAGUGUGCUGUUUGGCAUGCUUCUAGGCAGAGAUACAGAGCUGUUGCGUGAAGUCCUAAUUCUAUUUAAGAGAUUGCCAUCGGCUCAGAGUGUCAGGAUUUUUGUUUCUGUGCUUGAUAUUGCACCUGAGGUAAGACCUUUCCUUACAGAAAUACCAUUUGCCUUUUUCCCCGAUUGAAUUAAUUUAGCAAAAAAUAUAGCAAGCCAUGAGGUACUGACUUAGCAUAAUGCCUAAAACCAUUUCCAAAUUACAAUUUAAUAUUCAAAAUAGUUUCAUUGUUUCUAAAAUGACACCAACGUUCAUAGUCUAGUCUUUUUUUCUAAGAUUAAGUAUCCUAAGUGAUUGCUCUCUCACUUUAUUGACCUGCACAAGCUGCACAAAGAUAUGUUUUGUUUCUUCUUUACUAGGCCUGAAUACUUUCAUUCUCCAUCAAGCAAAUGAUAACUGAAAGGCCCAAGCAUUUCGUAGGAAUUCUGCAGCUAUGAAUGCAACAAACUACCUUGUAGCGUAAAGUAUGUCUAAUUCCAAAGAGCACUCUACAGGUACUGGGAAGCAGUGUCCUGCUGAAUUGUUUCUAUUGCAUAGUAGCAAACUUUGCAGUUUUGGGGGUUCCAUGGUUUGAAGCAUCCUGCAUAGCUGCACAAAGCUGUGCUGGCUGCUGUUUCUGCUGGCCCUGCUGAUGAAGUGAAUAUAUCUACAGGAUAUGAAACAUUUGAAUGGAAGAUCUGUGAUGUGCAGAGUGUAUUUAAUAGCACGCUAGGCACUGGUUCUUCAUAGGUAGAGCUUAUUAGAAAGCCAGAAUUUGCAGCUGUGAAGGUUGCUGGGAAAAAUUGGCUGAAAUCUUAAAUACACUGGAGAUGCUAGUCCAUGAUUUUGAGAACUUGAAAGGACUUUCAUGAACCUCUGUGCUUGAAAAUCAGUUUGCGUUUCAUAUGCUUUCUAGUAGGUCACAUCUGUUCCAUACGCAAUCGCUGGCCCAAUCUUUUCAAGUAUAUUCACUGCUUAAAUCAAGUCUAGAUCAGUUUUUUGUGACUAUUAAUCCAUCAUAACUUUUUUUUUAGGAACGUUUAAGACAGAAAUAUGGUCUACAACAUUUAUAGCUUACAUUACACUUUAAAAUAGAUUUUAGGAGCUUUGUCUUUCUGAAGAAGAAAACUUAUAAGUGAGUAGUAAGGGAGGAUCUAUUUUAUCUGCUUCUGUGAUAACAGUUAAUAUUCAGCUGCAUUUUUAAAAACGUUGGGAUUAUUAUGUUGUUGAAAUAUAUAUAGAUCUGUGUUCAAGUCUUUGUCUGAACUAUGCAUACAUUUCAUGUAGAAAACCUUAUACUUCCUAAACUAGCGCCUAAUUUGAAAUACUUUGGAAAACCAGAAAUUGUAUCUUUAUUUGCACUUGUGUAGCAAAAACUUAAGCAAACUGUAAAAAGAAGAUGCAUUUCCAUGGCAUUAACAAGUAUGUUUGGCUUUAUGCAUCCCAACCUUCUGGCUAUGUAGAACAGUAAUAAUUUAAAUGUCUUAAAACUAGUGUGGAGGCUUUAAAUGUCAAUGGAAUAAAUAUCUUGUUGGUAAUUAUUAGAAGCAAAAACCCCUUUA